AUGUUGCCAUAUACGAAGAACAUAACUAUAUUAAAUUUUAGUCUAUGUCAAACACGUUGUGAGGACGUCAUGCCAUUCGAACGCUACGUGGAACCAGGGCGCGUUGCCCUGGUGGCUGAUGGGCCCCUGAAGGGAAAACUCGUGAGCGUGGUUGAUGUCAUUGACCAAACACGAGCACUCGUCGAUGGACCCGGUAGCGGAGUAUCGCGACAGCAAAUACGCCUAAACCAGCUUCAUCUUACAAAAUUCCGCCUGAAGUAUCCCUUCACUGCCCCCACACGUGUUGUCAGGAAGGCCUGGUCAGACGCCAAGCUUAACGAGAAAUGGGCUGAAAGUCAGUGGGCGAAGAAUUUGGCAAAUAAAGAGAAGCGUGCUCAAAUGACCGACUACGACAGAUUUAAGUUGAGCUCCGCCCGCGUUAAGAGAAACCGUGCAAGAACAGCAGUCUUCAAGAGCUUGAAAGUGAAAGCAGCGCGAAGCGGUGCCUUCGGCAAGAAAAAGGUUCCCAAGACUCCAGCCAAGAAGAUCCGCACGAAAAAGGCGCCUUCUGCUAAACCAGCAAAGAAGUAA